CAGAGGCAGUUUGGUUUUGCUUUAUUGAUUCAGCAGAAACCAUUGAAUCCCCUGCUCUUGACCUCUGCCAAAUGUAGCCCAGAGAAUUUCACCAGUGGAUUACUGCAUGGUGCUCAAUAACAUCUUGUUGAACUGGGGCACAGCUUUUAGGAAGACAUCUGUUCCUGACUGGAUCCAUAGGACCAAUUGUUGGAAUCCGGGACUACAUAAACACCAAAUAUUAUUGAAAUAUACAUGAGAAUCUGUCACAGGAUGGAAAUAUUUUUGCAGAGUCCUGAGUGGCUUGGGUGAAUGGAAGGAAUAAGGGGCCCUUUGGAUUCUGCUACUUAUUGUUGAUGUAAGAAGCAUGGUGAAAGCAGUGAUCAAAGCCACUGCACAAACCAAGACAUCACAAGCAUAGCUUGCAAGUGUCUUUACUGACUGAGAAGCUAAAAUUAUUUUCUGCCUAUGAAAGUUGGAAAAUGUUCAGAAACCACUAUCAGGGGGGCAAGUUUGUUGAAAUAUUCAGUGCUCAAGGCAACAACCCAGGAGCAAAAUGGAAGAUUUUUGGCAACCCAUCAGCUAUAUCAAAAGAAUACGACAAAGAACUAAAAGGCUUUGUUUUUGUACUUGAAGGAAACAGUCUAAUCAACAAAAUGAAGCUACCAAGGGAAACCAAACAAACUUUGGGACUGGUGCAGCAAUAUCUGACACUUCAGAUUUUUGUGCCAUUGGGAAAAGACUUCGCCACUGAGUUACUGAUAACUGAUUUUGACAAUAUUAAAAGAAGAUUGUAUUUGUCAACGGUGCACAAGGAGUUGUCUGUAACCCCUCUGCAUGCCAAAAUUCCUCUGUUUAUGAUCAAGCGCAAAAUAUGGUGCAAUAUGUGUAUUGACUUGGUAACAUUUACCUAUGAAAUAUUCAGAGGAGCUCUCUUCCAGUCCUUGGAUGGAAUUACUAUUUCAGCCAACUGUAAGCUAAGAAAGGUCUUCACUUUAAAAUUCAAGCCUCCAGUUACAGCUGAGGAAGAUGGUACAUCCAUUGUUACACCUGGGCCAUAUGAGGUCUCAGAUGAUAUUCCUCCAACCUGCCAGCUCAAUUCUGAUGUCCCACAAGUUACACAACUGCUGGAUCUAAAUGAAAUUCACAAGCCAAAAACAAAAUGCAGGGAAAAGGCAUUGCAAGAAACAGGUAUUCUGGGUAAUAGAGGCCAAGGCAACACAUGCAAUGGUAAAACUCAGGAUGUAUCACAUAUUGCAUUUGGGUCAAAGAUCCUUGGGCCACCUCCAUCUUCAAACAGAAGAACCGAUGCAAAGGUACCUGGCAAGGUAACAAAGACCUUGGGUAGCAAAACAUCGUGCCAACUUCAAAAUUCAGGAACACCAACUGAAACCAUACCAGAAAAUGAGAGGUUGGAGUCACCACUGUGGCCAUGCAAUGAUACUUUAGAUCAAGGAGGCAAAAGAAGUACUCUCCAAACACCUGCAAAUGAAUAUCAAAACAACCCUGAAAUUCAGACUCUGACAACACCUGUAAGUGGAGAAGCAGAUUUUCAGCUCACCUCACCACAAGUACCAUCGCCAGACAAGGACAGUCAUAUAAGAUUAUCUCCAAAAAAUGCAGCCAAAGCCACAUGGGAGAUAACCAAUGAUACAUGGGUGUUUCCAGAGAGGUUCACUGAGAGCAUUCAGUUGGAUAGCAAGGAGCACUUUGAAGCUACUGCAAGUUCAGCCUGCUGUGAUUUGCACUUGGAAGCUACUGCAAGUUCAGCCUGCUGUGAUUUAGAUUUACCCUCAGCCCAGAAUGCCUCUGUUGAACCUCCCGGCAGGGAAACAGCUGAUCACCAAAGGAGUAAGAAAGAGGUUUUCACAUUUUCAUCCAGACCUCGAUCACCUCCUUACGGAACAUCUCCCAACAUAUCCCCAGAAAGUUCCAUUUCCCCACUGGAGUUGGAGCCCGACGGUAACGGAGAACAGGAGCAAACCAAAACUGAAGAUAGCUUUGAGCAAACCAAAACUGAAGAUAGAUUUGAAGGAGCUGACAGCAGCGAGGAGGGUGACAACAGUGAACUCAUCCAGAGUGCUGAGAACAUUGAGAACAGCCACAGCAGACAAGGAACACCUGAUUCAGCAGUUUUUAAAGAGAUGCCAUUAAAUAAGAUGUCACAGGGAAAUGAAUACUGGAAGAAUAAGGAACACAGCAAAUAUAACUUCGAAGAGGCCGUCUUAUCAAAACCACAGAGUUCCACCAUGACAAAAACAGAAUCUAUUAGCUUUCAGAGAAGUUUAAAGCCUAUCCUUUCUCUUUCUCCAAUUCAAAGUAAAUCCAAAUCCUUUAGAGUAAUUAGAAAUGUAUCUGAAGAAACUGAAAGAUAUGAAGGUUUUUCAGAUCAAUUCGAAAGAUCUGUCAGUAAAACAUCUCUCAAGAAAGUUUCAAAUGGAAAUUCAUGUCUGACAGCACAGACUUUUGAGUAUGACAGGAAAAAGUACCAGUCAAAUAGACUGAGUUCAUCUGAACUACAGAUGCUGGCCAGCACGAAGAGACAACAAAAUGAAGAAUUAUGGGAUGCUGGGAUUUCCCAUGGGCUGGGUGCCACACUGAUCAAUUGCUGCAAUGUCACCCUAAGUAUGAGCAGUGAUGAUGAUACAGCAACCUGGAACUCUGGUUUCUCACCACCUGUCAGUCAGCAGCAUCACUAUCAGAAAGAAAUGAGCCCACUUUCCCAUUCCAGCCCACGGGACUCGUUAAAUGUGUUCAGUCCCCCUGUCAUUCCUGGAAGCCAACAACUAGAAGAGAACACUAAAUCUUCAACAAAACAGACCUCAAGAUACUCAAAAAACCCCGCUGUACUGAAGGGAUCAUUUCUCCAAGAAACAGGAGAGAACAACAAAGCCAUUCCAUGACCUUCCCUCCCCAAACAGGACAGUUUGGAUUUUUUCUGAGCUACUGGACUCCCCUCUCUAUGAAGCAGCAGAGAAGCUGCAGUGCUGUGUGAUAAAGGCCUGUCAGAUUGGAUCGUCCCCAUCAAACAUCAGAAUCUGGGUAUUUUCCUAGGUACCAAAAAAACCCAAUGGACCAUGGUAACUAGAUGGUUUGGAGUAUCAUUUUUGAAAGAGGUGCUAGAUAAAUUGUGUCCUGUGAUAUAUCUUGAGGACCUUGGGAAAAACUUUUUUUCCUUAUUCAUUUCAGUUGAGGUCAGUAAUUUGUGUGGUUCAUUACUGACAGUUAUAUACCAGAUGUGAACAACAAACUGAAUGCUCAAAUCCAUUCCAGGAAAUUCUGCUGUUCUGCUCAGCCUCACCUUUUUUUUAUUUUUUAUUUUUUAAUACCACAUUAGAUAAUUACUUAAUUCUCAUGUUGGGAAGUGUCCCAAGAUUAUUUACUCUGUGCAGUUUUCCAGUGUUCCAAGUGUCACAAGAUAACAAAACCAUAUAAAGAACCCUGAAAAUCUGCAAUGAGUCAUACUCUAUUCCAGAUAGGAAUUUUAUCUAAAAAUAUCCUUAAGUAAAAAUAGUAUAGCAUUAGUAAAUUUAUAAAGAUUGGUCAAUUUUUAUAUUUUAAAGAAAUCUUUAAGUUGAGGCUUAACUUUGGAGGAAAAAGUGAUUCCUUUCUAAGAAAGGAUUUCACUCUGUAGUUCCUUUCUUAACAUUUGCACCAUCCAUUAGUUAAAUGGUGAGAUGCAAUGAGUAGUCUUCUAUUCAACAGGUUUCCCAAUACUAUAAGGGGAAAAAUUAGACUCCUAAGUAUGAUAAAUUUCCAUAGAUUUUUCCAUUAUUGGGCACUGAUGUUUCUGGGGUAUAUACAGUUCUGUUUAUCUUGACAAAACAAGAAAAUCUCUAAAUAAAGUGACAGUGAUAAAGCUAUAAGUGUUCUGGAACUUACUUUAUGGUAUCUUGGCCUUAAGACCAAGGGAUAAGGUUAUAAAAACUCCAGGAACCUCAAAGUCUUCUUUUUUGGGCCACAGCUGCUGGCAGUAUUCAUGUGGUAACCCUGCAGUACAUAAUCACAGGAUAGACUGGAGCACUGUAGUUCAAGGAUCACCUUGGAGAAAAUCUCAGCAGUGUUCUUUCCACCAGACCAUCUGCUGACAGCUGACCCAGUGCGUGGGACUUCCAUCAGAGUCAGAACAUGAUCCAUGUCUCUUAAAGUGAGAUUUGCUACAAGGUGUUUUCUAAUGUUAAAACCUAAAAUAAAAUAAAAAUAUAUUUCUGUGAAAAGGGAAAUUAUUUAUUUUAGUUCUCCAUAGUGGUGACUAUGUAAACACUGUUGACAUAAUCCACAUGACAACACAGUUAUUUGUACAUUCAUUUCUGAGUUUAGAAAAAGCUGCUACAUGCCUGCCUGUUCUUUGUUGUCUGGGUUUAGACAUCUUGAUCAAGUCUUCUUCCAGAAAAACAAUGCCCCCCUUGAUUUCAAUGGGACACCAUUUAAUUUCAUAUAACAGAUAUUUGCAGGUACUAGCUGCCUUCAGUCUUCCUUCAGCUCAACAAAAAACUACUCAUCCCUCUGUAAUGUAUAUCAAAGACCUCAGUUUUCAUUUAAAAUCAAAUUAUUUUCUCACCUCAAAUACCAUUUAAUUUUUUAGUGAUUUAAGAACAAAAGCUUUGAUCUUGCUUUCACCAUGAGAUGCAAAUUAAACUGCAAAGAGUUUUUUUUCAUGCAAUUCUGAGUAGCUUCAACCCCAGAAGUGUGGGUGGUGGCGAGAUGAACAACGAUGGAAAUUUUCUUUGAAAGUGAUCUGCUGACCAGUUAAUUUGGCCACAAACACUUCUGUCCUGUCUGUGGUCAGGCUGCCCAGAAUGUACCCUUUGAAACAAGAAAGACAACUUCUAACACAACCACUACAUACUGCUGGAGUCUUUUAGAAGAACAUCAUUUAAUUUAAGUAGUACUUCUAUUCAGGAAGAAGAGCAGCAAGGAGGUUUUCGUAUGUCUGCUAAGAAUUGGAUAGUCCAUCCUGCCAUUGGAAAUUUGUUGCAACAUCUAGAAAUGCCUUGUAAUGUAUUUGGGGGUCUUGUGAGCUGCUAAAGGAAUUAAACCUGACUUUAAAAACAAGACAGGUCUAGAAAACUAAGUUCUCUUUCUGGUCACAUGAAAAUACAUGCAGGGAAUUGUUGAUAUAAAGGUAUAAAUCCAGCUAGUCCUGGAUGCAAUAUAAUUUUGAUUUGGUAUGAAUUCAAGGCACAUGGGGAAAGAGGUAGCUUUCCUCUGUGUGAUGGGGCUGUGAUGGGGCUGAAGAAUUUCUCAUUCCUAACUCAAACCAGGGAAUGUAUUGAGUGGCCAGUUUCAAGCUAAAGAGGGUGAGACAUUUAAGCUUAGAGGAGAAAAGAGAAUCAUUUCAAAGUGAAGCAUAGGCACUGGAAAGCAAAAUAAUAAAAGGAAAAUGCAGUGGAAAUAACAGCAGGGUUUCAGGUGAAAUUGUGAGGCUGUGUGAGGGAGUGAGGCAUGAACACCAUUUGCUUGUGCCCUGUGAUCUGAAAUGGACAAAAAGACGUUCAGUUCUUCCCCCCUUCUUUCUGCACUGCAUCACUUUGCCCAAGAGCUGUCCAAACAAAAUACCCCACUUGACCUCAUUUAGUUCCCAGGCCUGAUGAAGCACCCACAGCAGGAGGGAAACAAUUUGGCUUUGCGUUCUUAUCUUUGGUUGGGGUGAAGAACAGUUUCUUUCUGAUGGUAUUUGUUACAUGCUACUGAGGAAACAAAACUGAAAUCUCUUCUGAAGGGAUGAAGUGCACACUUCUGUAUGCAUCAAAUGCUCCAGGUUACUUUCUGGUCUCCAGAUAAUGUUCUCUAUUUAUUGCUGUGUGAUCCUGGCUGAAAAUAGGAUCUGAGAGUGGUGAAACCAUUGCUGUUUGCAUAACAGGCCAUUACUUGUCAUGGAGCUUUGGGGUGUGCAAAGCACUCAAUAUUAGCAGGCUGAGGAUGGGAUGAACAUUUAUGGUGAAAUUCAAGGUACAGAUUGCAUUCAGCUGUGAAUUAUCUCCUAUCAAAAAGCUGUAGAUCAUAUGACUUAAAUUUAGCUUAUAUGAAAGACACACAGGUUCAGAAAAGAAGCUAUAAUAUAGAAAGCAUCUGUAAGAAAAACCUCUAGGGCUUUAUCAGUGUAUUCUAGACUAAAGAUUCAUUUCUGUUACCUGAAAGUUUUCUUGCAUUUUAUAUAACUACAGAUAAGUUAGAUUUAAAAUUUUUAUUAUCUGGAAGAAUCUUUUUUUCUCUCUGAUAUUGAAAGUACUUCUGAACAGAUUUACCUGUCCUGGAUAUUCAGGUGACAUUUUGGAUACCAGACAUCCAAAUUCUUUCAUUCUUAAAAGCCUUAACUAUGCACUGACUGUCUUUGUUCAUGCUAAAAGAUUAUUAAGAAGGUUAUUGAGGAAAAUACCAGUUAAGAAUACUUUUAUCCACUAUUAGUAAAGGUACUUUUGGUGAACUGCUCCAUUGAACUUUGAAAAGUCCAGUUGUUAAGCAAACUCCAGCUGACCUCAUUCCACCUCAAGUUAAGUACAAGUCUUCAGAAAUAUAAUAAAAAUGUGAAUUGCUGUUAUCUUGAAGGCAACAAUUCAGAAGUCAGAAGAUUAUACAUUUGAAAGAAAAAAUGUCACAUCUGACAGAAAGAUAUUUCCAUGUUAUUGUUGGAGGGAAUAAGAGUGAUUUAUUCUUACUUUCUCCACUUCACACAGGUGAAGAUUACCCCAGUGCUGAAGAAGAUGAGCAAGUUUUGACUCUUUUGUAUGAUCCAUUUCUGAACUGUUACUUUGACCUGAAUUCUGGGAAAUGCUAUGAAUUGGCAUAGUCAGAACAUCAGAGGGUAUUAUUUUGUAUUCAUAGUAUCUUCUAACUUCUUGCAAAAUCUGACUGAGCCAUAUAAUUUAUUAUAUAACUUGAAACUUAAAUUAAACAAUAGUUUUGCAAGCAAAUUAAUAUAUUUGGCAAGCAGUGUCUUAUUUUUAUAGCUUUGUAUUAAACCAUAAUGCAGUGGAAGAUCACAUAGCAUAAAAGUUCUUUGUGUCUAAGACAGUUAUUUGCUAGUCUAAUUUAUUUCCAAUAUUCACAGCUUCCAUAUGAAAACAAAUGAAGCUGAAUCAAGAAGGUUGGUGGUGUUUAUGUGUAAAUCAUUGUUUUACUCAAAUUAAAAAAAAAUUCCUUGUUUGCUGUGUAUUUUGUGAGGUGCUGAGGGUAUCAGCUGUAACAGCACAGGGCUGAGGAGUGGGGAGGGGUUGGUCCAACACUCCAAAAGUGAAUUCUUGUGCCAGGUAAGGCAGGGAGGUGUUUGUGAUUCCUGUGGGAAGCUGGGCUGGGAC